AUGCCGCUGUCCAUCUAUGUACAGUUGAAUUUAGCUCCAUUGAAGAAGUCAGCGGCGAGGUUUGCCUUAGCCGAUAAAAGUGUGAUCACAGUAAUGGGAAUAGCUGAAGAUGUACUCGUGGCAAUUAAGGAUUUGGUUUUUUCGAUUGACUUUUACAUCCUUGAGAUGCCUCCAACGGAAAGUAGAAGCUCAUCUUCCGUCCUACUUGGUAGACCCUUUCUCAAAACCUCCAAAUUCAAGUUGGAUGCCUUCACCGGUAUAUAUUCUUUUGGGGUUGGAGACAAGACUAUCAAGUUCAAUUUAGAGGAAGCCAUGAAACAUCCUCCUGAAGAACACUCCAUGCUCCGAUGUGAUAUGAUUGAUGAAGUGGUAGCGGAAGUGCAAGAAGAGGAUCAUGAAAAAUUGUGCUACCCCACUGUUGAGGAGAUGGAUGACCAAGAGGAUGAACCUGAAAAAGUUGUCAAGAGUGAACUCCAUGAGCUUGAUGGAAAGGAACCUCAUCUUGAGACAAAAAGUGAAUUGAAACCCCUUCCAUCUCAUUUGAAGUAUGCUUUCUUAGAGAAAAACCAAAGAUUUCCGGUCAUUAUUGCUAGUGAGCUCUCAAGUGAAGAAGAGGGGAAGCUCCUAGAUGUUCUCAAGAAGCACAAGAAAGCAAUAGGAUGGAGCCUAGCGGAUAUUGUGGGAAUUGACCCCCGAAAGUGCAUGCAUAGGAUAUUUCUCCAAGAUGGAGCCAAGCCAGUUAGGCAACCGCAAAGGAGACUCAACCCCACCAUCCUCGACGUAGUGAAGAAAGAGGUUACCCGACUACUGGAUGCGGAUAUCAUAUGCCCUAUUUUCGACAAUGAGUGGGUAAGCCCGGUUCAAGUUGUCCCCAAGAAGUCGGGCAUCACAACGGUCAAGAAGGACAACGGAGAAAUGGUCACUAAAAGAGUACAAAAUGCGUGGCGAGUAUGUAUUGACUAUAGAAGAUUGAAUGCCGUCACACGAAAGGACCAUUACCCCUUACCCUUCAUCGAUCAGAUGUUAGACCGCUUGGCAGGUAAAACUCAUUACUGCUUUCUUGAUGGAUAUACUAGCUACUUCCAGAUACAUAUUGCUCCUGAAGAUCAGGAGAAGACCACGUUUACUUGUCCAUUCGGCACCUUUGCCUAUAAAAGGAUGCCAUUUGGACUAUGUAACGCACCUGCUACUUUUCAGAGGUGCAUGAUGAGUGUCUUCUCCGAUCUAAUGGAGAAUUGUCUGGAAGUCUUUAUGGACGACUUCAGCGUUUAUGGUACUUCAUUCGAUUAUUGCUUAGAGAACUUGGCCAAGGUCCUUGCUAGAUGUGUUGACACCAACCUUGUUUUAAAUUUUGAAAAAUGUCACUUUAUGGUACAACAAGGUAUACUGUUAGGACAUGUAGUAUCUCAUGAAGGCAUUUCUGUGGACCCGGCCAAGGUCGAUGUUAUCACUACUCUGCCUCACCCCUCAUCCGUGAGGGAGGUUCGCUCGUUUUUUGGGACAUGCAGGAUUCUAAAGGCGCUUUAUCAAAGACUUCAGCAAGAUUGCCUUGCCGUUAUCACGCCUACUCCAAAAAGAUGUGGAUUUUGA